AUGGAGUGUUUGUGUUGCACGAGGCCGGAUAUAUAUUUUUGAACCUAUAGUAAGACACGAGUAGCUCGAGCGAGGGCAGUUUGAGGAUUUUCCACCCUCUUCUCUCCACACCAGGAUGGGAGAAUAAGGAGAGCCGCUUGCCCGGCUCGUUUGCAGUUAAAUGGCCCGUGCCUGCACGCGUGGAAUCGGGAGCUGCAAUCCGCCGCCGCUUUGUAAAUAAAUUAAACAUCGGAGGGGGCAAUGCAUUUCGGGAUUUGUAGUCUGCAGCCCGACUGGGUCUUUGAUCGAAGGAGGCCAGACAAAACUACCUUUCCCAUGACCGCCCGUGGACGGAGGGAGGAAAGGCAGAAAGAAAAACACACACGUACAUCCAGCGCGAGCAAAGCAGGGCAGGUUGUUGCUGGCAUCGCCGGGCUGCGGCGGCCGAAGACAAAACAACAGAAAAGUCUUCCGUGCGUGACCGGAGCGGGAAGCGGCGCGGGCCACUCGAAAGGAGCCGAGCUCCGGCUUUGAGCGUUGCCCAGCGAGGCGUGCAAGAUUUGCUGCUCGCCCUGGCCGGACUGCUCGUGCCCGGCCGCUUUUUGCAGCGAGCGGAGGUGGGAGAGGAAGGACUAGUGGGUCUUCCUCCCUUGGAGGCGGCUGUAGGACGCGGACCGGCUGCCCGGCCCUCUCUGUCCCCUCCUGGGCCGCCCUGACCAUAGGGGAGACGGAGGCGGCGGCGUCGCAGCAGACGUGCCGCCGCCGCCCGGUCGAGUGACUUUCCCGUCGAGGCGCCGGCCGUGCGCCAUGAACGGCUUCAGCCCCGAAGAAGUCGCCCGUGGCGGGGGAGAAGCCGCCGCCGUCCCUGCCGUGGUGGCCAACGCGGCGGCGGCCGUCGAAGUCCUGCCGCCGCCGCCGCCGCUCCCUCAGCCGCCGGCCGGGCUCGGCGCUGCUUCUGCUGCUGCAACAGCCGCAGGCCCGGCCGGACCUCCCGCGGUGGCAGCUGCAAAUGCUGCUGCUGGUGGCGGCGGUGGCGCGGGGCAGCUGUGUUGCCUGCGCGAGGAAGGCGAGCGGUGUAGCCGGGCGGCGGGCAACGCCAGCUUCAGCAAGCGCAUCCAGAAGAGCAUCUCGCAGAAGAAAGUCAAGAUCGAGCUGGACAAGAGCGCAAGGAACUUGUAUAUUUGUGACUUUCACAAAAACUUAAUCCAAAGCGUCCGAAACCGAAGAAAGAGAAAAGGCAGUGAUGAUGAUGGGGAUUCACCUGUGCAAGAUGUUGAUACUCCAGAGGUUGAUCUGUUUCAGUUGCAAGUAAACACACUAAGAAGAUACAAAAGGCACUUCAAGUUACAGACUAGACCAGGACUUAACAAAGCACAGCUUGUUGAAAUAAUUGGAUGUCAUUUUCGGACUAUUCCAGUGAAUGAAAAGGACACCUUAACCUAUUUCAUCUACUCUGUGAAGAAUGACAAGAACAAAUCUGACCUAAAAAUGGAUAGUGCUGUCCACUAAAUAAGCAAAUUUGGGAUUUGCAGACUUUAAUGACUGUUUUGGAUGUACUGAAGUUUUCUUUGUAACUGGUAUUCAGGGAUGAAAUCCUGAUGUUAUUUUUCAUGGCUUUCGGGGGGAUUGCUCAAAAAUGAUAUUUCCAUGGUAAAAGAUAUUUUAAAUAAAUACUAUUGAUGUU